GCCAAACCCACCAAAACACAAAACAAGAAAUUUUCAAAAGGAGGUUAGGUUCCCCUAUCAUCACACAUGUCUUACGAACUUCAAAUGUUCCCACCGGUUUAUCUCAGAAUAUCAAUUAUUUCCGGAACUAAUUGUUGAGUGAACAAUUGACAUUGUUGUAUAUUAACACGAGCGUCGAGUUAAUACAAAUACUGAAGUCAACAUGUUUAAUAAAGUUUGUACACCGUUACGGAGCCAAACACGACGAUGUUCAUCGUUGAUACUGAAUAAAGCGAAACCUGUGGUUGAAUUGGACGAAGGUACAAGGAAUGCACUAGAGAAAAAUGAGAUUAAACCACGAAAACAUGCUGGGGUUGUGUAUAGGAGAACAACUGAACUUCCGGAGUGGGUUACGAAGGGGAUAACAUCGCUAAUUGAAGAAUAUCCAAAACAGCAAUUAAGGGAGGAUUCAGCAAAGUUCUACAGACAUUUUAAAGGUCGCCACCCCCCAAUUGAGAAGGAGGAAUUCGAAGCGAAAUUCGAUGACAUAAAAAAAGAACUUCGACAGGAAAAACGUUAUGAAAAUGUGACGCCUGAGGUCGAGGAGAAGCUGGACAAGCAAGUAUCUUCUAAAGCUCUUCAAGUCUUGAAGACAAAUGUUCAGUACAGCUCGUCUGCUGUUAAAUACGACUCUUACACCAGCAUCUUGUACAUGAUGACACGGAGUGCACCUGAUUAUGCAAUUUUGUAUAAAAUAUUUCACGAGAUUAAAGCGAGAGAUGGGGAUUUCGAGGCAAAGAAUUUGUUGGAUUUUGGAUCAGGAAUUGGGACUGUUUCUUGGGCUGCAGCACAAUUGUGGCCAACGUUGAAGGAAUACGUGUGUAUCGAUGCCUCCACAGAAAUAAUUAGUCUAGCCGAAGAAUUAGCUAAGCAUGCCGAUCCAAAAAUCAAAGGAAUCUUCCAUCGACAGUACCUUCCAGUAACUGCAGUGCCAAAAUUUGACGUUGUGGUGAGUGCUUUCACAUUAUUCGAUUUACCAGAUCGAAAAAGUCGCCUAGAAGUUAUUUUAUCUUUAUGGAGGAAAACAGAAAGAUAUUUAGUCCUUGUCGAGCAAGGCACCAAUGCUGGAUUCCAGAUCAUCAACGAGGCUAGAGAUUUCAUCUUACAUAUAAUAGAAUCUUCCAAUAAACGAGAAGGUACUCCGCAAGGCUACAUUUUCUCUCCAUGCCCUCACGAAUCAAAGUGCCCAAAGAUAGCGGUUGACGAUGGUACUCCAUGCAAUUUCCAAGCAUCUUACAUUGCUUUCACUUUGAUGAAUGCAAAAUUUUCGAAGAAAGAGCGUUAUUCCUACGUAGUAUUCAAAAAAGGAGGUGGACGGGAUGAAAACGAGAAAAAAUGGCCCAGAUUAGUUCGACCCACGUUGGUACGUUCAAGACAUUCGAUUUGUCGCAUGUGCAUACCGAAUGGAAAAUUGAUGGAAGUAUUCUUCUCCGUGGGAAAACACGAAAGGCCUGUAUACUACUGCGCCCGGUCGAGCGAAUGGGGUGAUAGGCUGCCCAUCGAAAUAGUCAGUGAAACGCCAAAAUGACGCAGCGAAUUCGGUCAUUGAGGAAAAACUGGAAUGACUUGACAAUUUCGUGGAGAAUUUUACCUCUUCAUUGAUUGUAUAAUCUAUGCAAUAAAACUCGAUAAGUCAAUUAUCGACUGUAAAUAAA